AUGUCGAAUAUUUUUACGUUGAAGAAGGCGCUUCAGUUCUCGUCGUCCCUGAAGCUGAACAGAGAUCUCGAUCUGGAGAUCCCCAUCUUUCGUCCCCUCAUCUCUGUCGAAAUCGCUACCGUUCUUUCAUACCUCCACGCAGUUGUCCGUCGUAGGAGUAUCACUGGUGGCGGGUGGCAAAUCCCGUCCCUCAUCUUCCUCCAUCGACGAGACAGCAGCAGUCGACCGUGUAGCAGGUUCCGUCCGCCAUCGCACCUGAGGUCACGUCACCCUCCGUCGGGGAAUUAUCAAUCCACGCCGGGAGUCGAGAAGGAGCCGUGGCGAGCAGCGAGUUCCGUCGAUCCUCCUCAGCCGCUCAACUUUUUCCAGCGAGUAGCAAUCCUGUCCGAUCCGACCUUCGCCGUCGCGCCUGUUCCGGUCACCGGCCACCAGCGACAAGAAGCAGCAAAUAGCAGCUCGGGCCAAUGA